AUGCUUGUCCAAGAUUUCCUGAGAGGUUUGAACGACCGUAUCAGUGGAGGUGUGAGGGUAUUCGAGCCAGCUUUAAUGGAGAUAGCUGUGGCGAAGGCCAGAUUAGUUGAGCUGAACCUUAGUCGAGCACUUGGUGGUCAGACAAGUGUGCAGAUAGGAAGUGCACCUACUAGUGGAAAUAAACCUCGGGGAAAUCAGUCCUAUAUAAGAAGGGUAGGAACUAGCAGAGGGGAAAACAGGGCCCUACAGGGCAGGCCUCGUAGAGUGCAUCUUACGCCCCUAGCCAGGGAAGUUUCUAGCAAUCUAGUGGACCGACAAGUAAUAGAGGAGCUUUCUUCUCUUGUGGGAAGUUUGGUCAUAGAGCUACACAGUGUCCUCAAAAUGUCCACAACACAGCGUUAUGGUCACUAUGAUCAAACCUGCCCUGAGGCCGAGGAGAUCAUCAGUGAAACUGUUGGCAAAGCUGUUAAAGCUAAUCCUGGUGUAGCAGCUUCUCUUAUAAGGAUGCAUUUCCACGAUUGCUUUGUAAGAGGUUGCGAUGGAUCAAUUCUCCUUGAUUCUACAGAAGGCAAUACAGCGGAGAAGGACCAUCCGGCCAAUAACCCAAGUCUAAGGGGCUACGACAUAAUUGAUGAAGCCAAGUCCAAACUGGAAGCCAAAUGUCCCGGCGUCGUUUCUUGUGCCGACGUAGUUGCAUUCGCUGCAAGAGAUAGUGCUUACCAAGCUGGUGGGUUUAGUUGGGCGGUUGAAGGUGGACGAAGAGACGGAAGGAUAUCACACCAAUCAGAUGUCUCGGAAAAUCUUCCUCCUCCUUCAUUUGAUGUAAACCAGUUGACACGACUUUUUGCUUCAAAGAAAUUGUCGCAGGAGGAGAUGGUCACUAUCUCAGGGGCACAUUCAAUUGGGGUUUCUCACUGCGCUUCAUUCACCGGAGAUCGUCUGUACAACUUCAGCGGCAGAGGUGGUCAAGAUCCUUCGAUGGACUCUCACUAUGCUCUUCAGCUAAAGGCCAAAUGCCCCCCUUCAAAUCCGUCUAACGUCGUUGUUCGACUGGAUCCUCUCACUCCCACUAAUUUGGACGUGAAAUACUACGUCGAUUUGCAAUACAAGCGUGGACUGUUGAAAUCUGAUCAAACGUUGAUGUCAAAUGAUGCCACCUCCAGACAGGUCAAUAUAAACGCCCAGUAUGCCAAUGUUUGGAGGAAAAACUUUGGAAGGGCAAUGGUAAAGAUGGGUACAAUUGACGUGUUGACAGGAUCGCAGGGAGAGAUAAGGAAACAGUGCCAUGCCCCGAACUAG